UUCGUUUGAUAGACUGAUUUUUGCACGCACAAUAACGUAAUGGCGUCUGCUGGACUUCAGAUUUUGGCCACUGCCCUCGCGGUUAUUGGCUGGUUGGGAGACAUCAUUAUCUGCGCGCUCCCCAUGUGGAAGGUGACGGCGUUUAUUGGCACUAACAUCGUGACCGCACAGAUCUUCUGGGAAGGCCUUUGGAUGAACUGCGUGCAGCAGAGCACAGGUCAGAUGCAGUGCAAGGUCUACGACUCCAUGCUGGCGCUACCGCAAGAUCUCCAGGCCGCUCGUGCUCUUGUUAUCAUCUCCAUCCUCGUGACCUUCCUGGGAGUUCUUCUGGCCGUCGCUGGAGGCAAGUGUACCAACUGCAUUGACGACCGGGACGCCAAAGCCAAAGUAGGGGUCGCGGCCGGGGUGUUCUUCCUGGUGGGUGGUGUUCUCUGUCUGAUCCCGGUCUGCUGGUGCGCUCACACAGUCAUCCGAGACUUCUACAACCCCAUCCUUUCUGAGGCUCAAAAGCGGGAGCUGGGAGCGUCGCUGUUCAUCGGAUGGGGCGCGUCUAGUCUGCUGCUUAUCGGAGGCGCGCUUCUCUGUUGCCAGUGCCCGAAGAGUGAGGGUCGUGGUUAUUCCGUGAAGUACUCCGCUCCGAGGUCUGCUCCAGGGGCCUAUGUGUGAAACUCCGUCUUUAUGAACUAAUGACAAAUUCUCCUGUUUGUAAAGGAAGAGAUAUGAACUUAACUUUCUGGUUUUUCAUUACUAUUUUAAUGUAAUAAAUAUCAUGGUUUUUUUUUAAAAA